AUCUGCUACCCUCACAUGUCAAGCGGCAUUGACGUCCGACGGCGUCCCGGCAUCUGGUCAUACUUCAGUUUUCCCAGCGGUACUCGACGACGCACUUCCAUCUCCCUUCCUCGUAACAACACCGACGCUGCCGCCUCAGACGACGACGAUCCCUACGAGAAGCCCGACCGACAUAUUCGCGGCCACCGCUCCGUCCCUUCCAACAGCCUUAUGAACGAAUAUAAAGGAUCUGUCAUGAACGGGGGUCAGCGUGCUCGGUUCUUGAAGACCGGGGGGAUAAUCGCCUUUAUUGUCCUGGUUCUAUACUUCAUUGCGCCCAAGGAUGGUUUGUCAAGAACCAGCGGAGCUUUGUCGCCAGCCAAAGGUGGCAACACAGCUUCGCCUGGCGCAGAGGCGAAAUGCACCAAAUCCUUUUCCAAAGACAAGCCGCUCAUCCAAUACGCUCUGAUGGUCGAUGCUGGCAGCACCGGCUCGCGCAUUCACGUAUACAAGUUCAAUAACUGCGGUCCCACCCCCGAGCUCGAGAAUGAAGUGUUCAAAAUGACGGAGAAGUCAGCUGGUGGACUAUCGGCAUACCCUACGGAUGCUGAGGCGGCAGCAAAGAGUUUGGACGUUCUCUUGGACGUGGCCGUCAAGAGUGUACCUGAGGCCUACCAGGGCUGCACACCCAUCGCAGUUAAAGCCACUGCCGGUCUCCGCAAGCUCGGUGAAGAGAUGAGCUUAAAGAUCCUCAAAGCCGUCCGCACGCGUCUCGAAACCGAAUAUCCAUUCCCCGUUGUUUCGGAAGAACAAGGAGGUGUGGAAGUGAUGCCUGGAGAGCAAGAGGGUGUCUACGCUUGGAUCACGGCAAACUACCUGUUGGGCAAGAUUGGCGGACCAGAUAAAACCCCCACGGCCGCUGUUUUGGACCUUGGUGGUGGUUCUACCCAGAUUGUCUUCCAACCUACGUUCCCUGAAGUAGCUGGUGGCGGUAUGCCGGAGAAGCUCAAGGAGGGUGACCACAAGUACGCUCUCAAAUUUGGUGGCCGUGACUUCGAGCUCUAUCAACACUCAUACUUGGGCUAUGGACUUAUGGAAGCACGCAACAACCUUCACUCCGCCAUUUUGGAGUCUGUCUACCACGAGAACAAGGAUGCCGAGACUCAGGAAUGGCUUAAGAAGCCCAUCACCAACCCCUGCAUCGCGCCGGGCAUGAGCAGGAAGGUUGAAGUCAGCCUUCCCAAAGACCACGCUCUGGGCCAAAAGGUUACAGUCAACAUGACGGGCCCCGCUAGCGCUGCACCAGCAACAUGCCGAGGAAUCGCAGAGAAGACGCUGCAAAAGGACGCCGAAUGCAAAGUCGCCCCCUGCGCCUUCCGCGGCGUGCACCAACCUUCUUUCGAAAAGACAUUCGCGCGCGAAGAUGUAUACCUCUUCUCCUACUUUUACGACCGCACGCAGCCGCUCGGCAUGCCCGAGUCAUUCUCGCUGGCUGAGCUACGCGACCUCGCCAACCGCGUGUGCCACGGCGAGCCGGCUUGGGAUGUAUUCCACAGCGUUGAUGGCGCCAUCAACGAGCUUAAGGAUCGUCCUGAAUGGUGUCUCGACCUCAACUUUCAGCUCGCGCUCUUGCACACGGGCUAUGAGAUGCCCAUUGACCGCGAAGUCAAGAUCGCCAAGAAGAUCAAGGGUAAUGAAUUGGGUUGGUGCUUGGGUGCUAGUCUUCCGCUGCUAGAGAAGGGCUCAGGAUGGCAGUGCAAGAUCAAGCAGGUUCAAUAG